CUGAAUCAAAUCACUAUCAAGCCUUCACUCAGUCAUAAGAUAAUCAUCAUGAAAGGAAUCGUAACUCUCCUGCUCUUCGGGCUCGCUGCCGCAGCACCUGUGAACCAGGAGUCUCAAAACCAGUUGCCUGGUAAAGACGCAGAGGCUCACCCGCAUCCUACUGGUUUGCCUACCGUCAGCUUUUCGCUUCCCCCACUGCCUACCUCUUGGCCAUUCCCGCCACUACCAACUGGCUCUGGCUUCCCUGGCCUCCCUCGCCCUACUAGUCGUCCUCAACCAACGGGUCGACCGAAGCCCACCAGUCGACCUCACCCUACCGGUCGCCCUGGCCGCCCUACUACUACGUCACCACUUCCCACUCCUACGCCGACAGCUUGAAAUGGUGUAAAAUGAUAGGCUAUCAAGAGCGCCAAGGGUACGACCUUACAUUAUAUGGGCUAUUAUACUAAAGGUCUAUUGAUAGUUCGAUUAUAUAGCAGAAUAUCGUUUGUACUUGGGGCGGAUGUGACGGAUUAUGAUUCUAUGUCAACAAGAAAGCCAUCCCAUUAGGGGCUUGCCAAGACCUGACAACGUUAUUAUAUUUUAUUCUUGUAUGCUCUAUUUAGGUACUAGGUUACGUAGUUAUACCUGGGCACCUAAUGCUUACAAACUCAGGAGUGGAAUUUUUAUCUAACUACUAUUUGAUCG